ACUUCUAUUUCUGAACUAGAUGUGGAAGAAUUACCUGAGCCAGUUCAUCAAAAUUUAUUGCAAAGCCAUGACCCAAAGGGUCUACAAGAGAAUGAUGAUAAAAUUGCAUCGCUAAUAGAAUCAAUGAAAAAAAUAUCUAUAUCAGUUAAUGGUAGGGAUACAGAAGCAAUUUAUGAUUUAG